GUGUAGGCGGGUUCCGGCCCAGAAUUUUUGUCGCUCAUUGAAAACUAAAAUUCAAAGUUUGAGAAAGGGAGAAUCGGCGUUACCAAACCCCAUCUCAUGAAAUGGGGUUUUGUUGAUUCACCGUAUUCAUAUCACCGGCGGCUCUCAAUCCAAUGGCCACUCUAUCUCCGACCAAUUCUACUCCAAUUCACGAUUACCAAUGCCUUCGUCAAUCAAUUUGUUUUUCCCGCUCAUCUGCAAGGCCGAGAAUUAAUUUUGGAGGGAUACAAUCCUUGAGAUCUCCGUAUUUUGAGGCUAAAAAUGGCCGCCGGAUGAAAAUUAAUGUUUUUGGGGAAACAGAGGCUUCGGAGAACGACGACGGCAAUGCUGUUAAAGACGAGUUAUUUGUGCGCUUCUUCCGUGAGGCGUGGCCUUACUUUCGGGCCCACAGAGGCAGUACUUUCAUUGUAGUGAUAUCUGCUGAGAUUGUCGGCACUCUUCAUUUGGAUCCUAUUCUAAUGGCACGUUUUUCUCCAUUGUUUUUUUUAAAUUAUUAUUACUACUUUUGAUUUCGUUAUUGGCUGAACUGCAUUUUUGUUGCGUUUCUCAACUGAUGGAUGAGUUGAAGAUUGGAGUUUGGAUUUUUGGAUAUCUCUUUGCUCCAUGGGCUCGGAAUCAAAUUUGUACUUGUUCCAGGAACACACAUCCAAAUUGACACACUUCUGGCUGAAAGAGGAUCUGAACCCAAGUAUGUUGGUAGCUUCAGGAUCACUGACUCUGACUCGCUUAGUGCUGCACUGGAUGCAGCAGGAAGGAUCCGUAUCAUGAUCGAGGCAAAACUAUCCCCUGGACCUUCCUUAAGUGGUAUCUAUCGUCAUGGAGAUAAUGAUCGUUGGUAUGAUGGAGUCAGUGUUGCCAGUGGCAACUUUCUGGCUGCUAAGAGAAAAGGAGUAGUUGAUGGAAUCGAUUAUGGAGCUACUGGAGAAGUUAAGAAAAUUGAUGUUUCUCGCAUUCGUGAGAGACUUGAUCAAGACUGUAUAGUGCUUUUAAACAACCUUGGUUAUUCAAGUUCUGGAGAAGUACUAAAUUGCAACACAUACGAGGUCGCAACAGCAUGUGCUUUGGCUCUUGGAGCGGAGAAACUCAUCUGCAUCAUAGAUGGACCAAUUCUAGAUGAACAUGGGAGGCUCAUUCAUUUUUUAACUCUUCAAGAUGCAGAUUUAUUAAUUCGUAGACGAGCUAAACAAAGUGAGACUGCUGCAAAUUAUGUAAAAGCUGUGGAUCAAGAAGAUCUUGCCUGUGCAGUGUACAACGAUGCAAGUGAUACAGUACCUUCUCUGAAUGGGAAGGCAUUUGGUCGAGCCAAAUUUCAAAAUGGGGUUGGCUUUGACAAUGGGGAUGGACUUUGGUCUGGCGAGCAAGGUUUUGCAGUUGGAAGCCAAGAAAGAUUGAGUGGGCUGAAUGGCUACCUUUCCGAAUUAGCUGCUGCAGCUUUUGUUUGCAGAGGUGGUGUCCAGAGGGUCCAUUUAUUGGAUGGCACAAUUGGGGGAGUGUUAUUGAAGGAAUUGUUUCAGAGAGAUGGAGUGGGUACCAUGGUAGCUAGUGAUCUUUAUGAAGGCAUGCGGAUGGCUGCUGUCAAAGAUCUCCAUGGAAUUAAACAACUUUUGCUACCUUUAGAGGAAUCAGGCACUUUGAUAAAAAGGACAGAAGAAGAGCUACUUAAGGUACUGGAUUCAUUCAUUGUCGUAGAAAGAGAAGGUCAAAUAAUUGCUUGUGGAGCUCUUUUCCCUUUCUUUGAAGAGAAGCGUGGAGAGGUAGCUGCUAUUGCCGUUUGUCCUGAUUGCCGUGGACAAGGACUGGGAGAUAAACUACUUGAUUAUAUUGAGAAGAAGGCAUCAUCACUUGGACUGCAAAUACUUUUUCUAUUGACAACUCGCACAGCUGAUUGGUUUGUGAGGCGUGGCUUCUGCGAAUGCUCAAUUGAGUGCAUACCAGAGGAGAGGAGGAGAAGGAUCAACGAGUCACGUAGAUCCAAGUAUUACAUGAAGAAACUUAUACCUGAUAGGAGCGGUAUCCGUCUCAAUGGCGCUUGUGCAUAACAAGAAAAGCAACAUUACAGCAGUAAUGUUGUAUCAUAAGAAGACUGCAUUCAAUCUCUUAUGCUGUAGUUAUGUACAUCCAGAUGCCAUCGGCAUCAACUUCGUGUAGCAUAUUACAAUAUAAUCGAAUUCAUAUGAGGCCUUCUGUCCUUAUUUACUCA